GAUGCAAAAUCAAUAUGGCGAACAAGGAGAACGAUGCGCAAGAAUACGUUAAAAAGCAUUGUAUUAUGGAACUAUUUGAGAACUUAACUGCACAGUUGAUCUAUGAAAGACCAGAGGACCCGAAGGCUUACAUGAAACAAUUCUUGGAGAAGUUAAGAGAUGCAAGAACAAUGCAGAGAAACUACCCGUGCAUAUUUGAUGACAGUAACGUAAGAUCGUUGUUUGGAAUGCUCGAUGUUACAGGAAAAGGCUUUAUUACAUAUGAACAGUACAAACAAGGACUUGAAACAAUGGGUGUGAAAAAGUUUGAUAGAGACCCUCCUGGUGGUGAUAUGGACAGAAUCAGUGCAGAGACAUUUUUGAAAGAGGCGCGACAAGGACUUGCUCAGGCAUCUGCAACAUUCUCUUUGUAGUGCUAUAUAACUCUCCUUUUGUGGGUUUUUAGUUUGUGUUGUCUGAGAGAUCAACAAGCUCUUUGUCCACAUUAGAUUUAAUGUAUAUACAUUGUGUAAAUACCAUCGUCACAUCAUUACUUGAACUAAAGUGAAGAACCCAGUUUUUGCUGUGUAUCUCUUAAGCAAUCAAUUUAGGAACAGAUUUGAAAAAAUAAAGAGUGAGUGACACUGGCUAUGCAGUCAGUUUCUUUAGAUCUUAAUGGUUCUACAAGAAAUUAUGAAAUUUUUUUAUGGUAAGAUAAAGGUGGACUUUUACAAUGUGAUACUUCAAAUUUAUUUUUUGACUGAAAAGUUUAUUAGUUGUUACAAAACAGUACAUUUUCCAUCAGAACUCGUAAACUACAGCCUUAAUACCUUUUCAAAACCAUCAUCACUUUGUUCAGAUUUAUAGCUGGGAUGUGAGGUGUUUAAACUAAAAUAAUACUUAACAAUCAAUAGGCAUGCAAGUUUGCAUUUCUUUGCACACCAUGCAUGUUGACAAGGCACAGGUCAAGUAACAGUAUUGAUAGGUGGAACAAACAGAGCUGGAGCAAGAACGCCGAUGGAUAGGCUUUCUAUUGUCACCUGAAAUCCUGUCUGAAACAUAUUGCAACCAUUAACAUACAGUAAUCAUGGUGAAGACCAAUACAAAUUAAUUUUGUUUUGCAAAGCUUUAACUAUUACAAAGUUGAGAGAGAGCAAAUGGGAUUUGUUGACCAACCAUUGGUCAGUUUCUGUGAUUGACUUGCUUAAACAUUGAGCAAGGUACUCAGUAAUCAAAACUGACAAACAGUCCAACUGGCUGGUUGAGUAACUUACAUUUUUAAUUAUGGUGUGGCUGGCUGACUAAUCCAUUGAUUGUUCAGUUGGUUGAUUGGUGGACUAGUAUAUUGACUGAUUGACGGAUUGCCUGAUUGCCUGACUGACUGACUGACUAUCUACUCUUUUUAUUUGACUAUGAGCUGAGCAAUUUUUGCACAAAUCCAAGGCAGAGUAAGAAAAAUUUGAGCUUAAGAGGGGGGUUUGGCUUAUGGUCAAGAGUUUGCCAUAAAGAGCACAUUUAAAUGAUACCAUAUGGGCAUGUUUGAAUGGUUAAUAGGCUGACUGGUUGAGUCAUCGAAUAACUAGCCUGCUGACUGACUUACUGCCUGUUUACCUACCUGCCUAAUUGACUGAUUCAUUGGUUGAUUGACUGACUGAAUUACUACUGAUUGACUUAUCAACUGACUGGUUGCCUGGCUGACCAACUGAUUGGUUGACUGGCAGGCCAGUAGACUGACUGAUGCCUUCCACCCAAUUAA